AUGGCUGUGACCUUCACGGCAGGCAUGCUCCUCUUUUCCGCAGGCAAAGCUAUUGUCUCAAGCGGAAUCUCCUGGGCCAUAUCUGAAACCGGUAGCUGGGCAGCUGGUCGAUUCCUCGACCAUAUCACUUCAGAUCCUAAUGCCGAAAUGCAGCUAAUCCAGUCAACGCUGGAUGAUCUCACCGACACACUCUCCAACGGUAUUAUUCAGAUACGUCUGAAUACCUUGAAUCAGCCAAGGGCACAGAUUCAGGCUCACUACAAGACUGUCGCGGAUAUCAUAGAUACCGCUUGUGACGUAGCUGAUCGAAACCUCACGGAGGCAGAGCAUGAACGACAAAUGAGUCGGCUGCAGCGGCGGCUGGAUGACCGACUCCAGGCAUGCGCCAACAACAUCCCCGGAUGGCUCACUCAGAUUCAUAACUUCUUGAACGCCAAUGGUGAGAGGGCCUUCAUGCGACAGCUUUCGCAGCAAGCCUGGAACGAGUCUCCCGACGUGGUGGCCUACUAUAGUAGAACAAAAACAGUUGUAUUUGACUAUUGGAUCACCGUUUCUAAGGGUAUUGAUCUUCUUCAACUCGCAUAUCGAACAGGGGGUGUCAAAUUCGACGAAGGACAGCGUGCCAUCGACCGACAUAUACGCCAACUGCUCGACCAGGAAGCUUCACUCGCUGAGACGAUUUUGCUCGAUCCCUCCAGACCCCACCCGUUCUUCUGGGAGACCAAUCAAGAUACCUAUGCCGCAGCUGAGGAUGUCGGUGCUACCCAAACCCGUAUCAGUGUUAACACUCGCGAUCCAGUUGAGUGGAGAAUGGACCCCUGGCCCCCUGUAAACGUUGAAACUUUCGAUCCCCUCAGAGGCUACCCCGUCGCUAUCAGCCAGGUCGGACAGCGCGGUAUUGUGUGCCCCGGCGGACGACACGGUUUGGCGCUUGAGCCUUUCGCACGACCUACCUGCACUUGGUCCAUCAAGCCAAGACAGCCUGGAAACGAGCGAUUCCCCUUCCAGUUUAUCAGUGAACUUGCCAGAAAGGCCAAUAACAACUACUACAUGAUCACUCACCCGUCUGCUGGCGUCCCUGGAAGGAUCAUGUCCCUUCUCACUCAGGUGCACCGCGAGGAUGGAAGUCACUUCUUCUAUGUCAAACCUCAGGGUCUUGCUGCUACAUCCUAA